UAAUUUAACUGGAAGAGAAAUGGCGCAGCAAGUGAUUCAGCUGGAUCAAGAAAAACUGAGCUGUUCCAUCUGUCUGGAUCUCUUGAAGGAUCCAGUCACUAUUCCCUGUGGGCACAGCUACUGCAUGGACUGUAUCAAAAAAUACUGGGAUGAGAAUGAAACACACAGCUGUCCCCAGUGCAGAGAGACUUUCAUACCAAGACCUGUCCUGGUGAAAAACACCAUGUUUGCUGAGUUAGUAGAGGACCUAAAGAUAGCAGGACUUCCAGCUGCUUCGUCUGAUCAUGCCUAUGCUGGACCUGGAGACAUGGCCUGUGAUUUCUGUUCUGGGAGGAAGCGGAAAGCCUCCAAGUCCUGCCUGGUGUGUAUGGCCUCUUACUGUGAGCAGCACCUCCAGCCUCACUACAACGUAGCUCCGUUAAAGAAACACAAGCUCAUCAAAGCCACUUCAAAGCUUCAGGAGAACAUCUGCACUCACCAUGAUGAGGUGAUGAAGAUUUUCUGCCGCACUGAUGAGCAGUGUAUCUGUUAUCUCUGUUUAAUGGAUGAACACAAAGACCAUGUCACAGUGUCAGCUGCAGCAGAAAGAGCUGAGAAGCAGAAAAAUCUAGCAAGGAAUCGACACAACAUCCAGUACAGAAUCCAAAACAGAGAGAGGGAUGUGAACCUGCUUAAGCGGGAACUGGAGGCCAUCAGUCUUUCUGCUGAUAAAGCUUUGAUGGAAAGUGAGGAGAUGUUCAAAGACUUGAUCAGUCUGAUUGAGAAAAAAAGCUCGGAGGUGAAGCAGAAGAUCAGAUCCAAGCAGAAAACUGAACGGACUCGAGUCAAAGAACUUCAGGAGAAGCUAGAGCAGGAGAUCGGUGAGUUGAGGAGGAAAGACACUGAACUGGAGCAGCUCUCACUAACAGAGGAUCAUAUCCAUUUUCUAAAUAAUUUUUCCUCACUGUCACAUUUGAAUAAAUAUACAGAUUUACCGAGCACCUCCAACCACACUCUGCAGUACUUUCAAGGUGUGACCACGGCUGUAUUACAGGCCAGAAAUAAAAUGAAGGAUCUUCUGAGUGAUGAAUGGUCAAAAAUUUUAGUUGCAGUGAAUAAAGCAGAUGUGCUACUGCCUCAAGAAGAACCCACAACUAGAGGGGAAUUUUUGAAAUAUUCUUGUGGCAUCACUGUUGGUCCAAAGACGGAAACAAAGCCUUUCUCACUGUAUGGACGUGCGUCAUAUGGAGAUUACUCUGAAAACUCGCAUGUCCAGAGUAAUGAGGUUCUGAAUGGACCUUGCUACUGGGAGGUAAAGUUGACUGGUAUAGCAACAGUGGGUGUUGCAAAGAAGUAUGACUCCUAUAGUGGGUCAAGUAAUAACCGUGGAUUGGGAUCAGAUCACGAGUCUUGGGCAUUAAAAUAUUCACAUGGCAGUUAUCAAUUCAGACAUGGAAACAUUUUAACUUCCCUCUCAGGCCCUCAGUCUUCCACAGUUGGAGUAUAUUUGGAUCACAGGGCAGGUAUUCUGUCUUUUUACAGCAUCACUGAGACCAUGAAUCUCCUCCACAGAGUCCAGACCAGGUUCACUCAGCCUCUCUAUGCUGGAUUUUGGAUUCAACAGAAUCAGAAAAACUCUCUUGAAUUGUGUGAGUUGAAGGAGACAAGUGAUACUGAAUCAUGAGAAUUUAAGCUCUGCCUACUGCCAUUCGUUAAAGU